CAGGUACCGGCACUUGCGUUCCAGGAGCUUUGCAGAAGCACCUUCUGCUUCGCAUCGUUGAGUCUGUGGCAGAGACAACCACGCACGUCCCACCGGCCUCCCCCUGCCCUGGAAGAUGGUGAAGUAUGGCCUUGACUACACGCGGUGCAGAUGGAUCCUACCCCUGCUCCUGGGCAUAGGUGUCAUCUUCGGUAUCAUUGCGCUGGCGGGCAGGGGCUGGCUGGAGUCGCAGACCUUGCCCUACGUGCACCAAGCGUCGUUAUGGGAGAGCUGCAGGAGGCCUGGGCAGGGUGGGGAAUGGAUCUGCGAGUCCCUCAUGGGUUACGCUUGGGGAAGAGCUGCUGCUGCCACAUACCUGGUCGGCUUUAUACUUCUAGUCAUCUGUUUUGCUCUGGCCAUCAUAGCAUUUGCCAUUGACACACUUCGGUUCAACUUCAUACGAGGGAUUGGAGGCUUGCUUUUUGUUGCUGCUGUGUUCUCCAUCAUGGGCUUGGUCAUUUACCCAGUAAAGUUCUCGACUGAAAUUGAAAUGACAGGAAUCAAUAUGUUCAGCUGGGCCUAUGGCUUCGGCUGGACCACUGCCAUUAUGGAAAUAUGCUUGGGAUUCUUCUUCUGCUGCCUUCCUAACUAUGAAGAUCAAAUCUUGGGUAAUGUGAAGCCCACAUAUUUUUACUCUUCCCCAUGAACACCAGGAAAAAUGCGUUCACAUUCCAGAGAUAUCUGACAGACCAACUAUGUUUUCCAGAAUAUUGUCAUCAGGUGUUAGUAGAAAAGGCUGGAAACUUCUCAAAUCUGUGUAGAAAAACAGUACUGGCAUUCUGAAAUAAAGUUAUCUAAUCUAGUUUGG